AUGUCCAAGGCAUCCGCCCUCCUCGCUACCCUCACGGGUGCGGCCCUUGUCGCCGCCCACGGGCACGUCAGCCACAUCAUCGUCAAUGGGGUAUACUACGAGAACUACGACCCCACGACACACUGGUACCAGCCCAACCCGCCGACGGUGAUCGGGUGGAAGGCCGCCCAGCAGGACAACGGCUUCGUCGAGCCCAACAACUUCGGCACAUCCGAUAUUAUCUGCCACAAGAGCGGCUCCCCCGGCGGCGGCCACGCCACCGUCGCAGCCGGCGACAAGAUCAGCAUCGUCUGGGACCCGGAGUGGCCCGAGUCCCACAUCGGCCCCGUCAUCGACUACCUCGCGGCCUGCAACGGCGACUGCGAAACCGUCGACAAAGCCUCCCUCCGCUUCUUCAAGAUCGACGGCGCCGGCUACGACAAGACUGCCGGCCGCUGGGCCGCCGACACCCUCCGCGCCAACGGCAACAGCUGGCUCGUGCAGAUCCCCGCGGACCUCAAAGCCGGCAACUACGUCCUCCGGCACGAGAUCAUCGCCCUCCACGGCGCCAGCAGCCCCAACGGCGCGCAGGCCUACCCGCAAUGCAUCAACCUGCGCGUGACCGGCAGCGGCACCAACGCGCCCAGCGGCGUGGCCGGCACGUCGCUGUACCGCGCCUCGGACGCGGGCAUCCUCUUCAACCCCUACGUCGCCUCGCCCAACUACCCGGUGCCCGGCCCCGCGCUGAUCGCCGGCGCCGCCAGCUCGGUCGCGCAGAGCAAGUCGGUCGCGACCGCGACCGCCUCCGCCACCCUCCCCGGCAACAACAACGGCGGCGGCCCCAACCCGCAGCCUACUACCGCCACCACCACGGCCAACCCGGGCGUCUCGACCACGCUGCGCACGAGCACGAGCACGAGCACCUCGGCGCAGGUCACGCCCCCGCCGACGGGGGGGAAUGCCCAGACCAAGUAUGGACAGUGCGGGGGUAGUGGGUGGACGGGCCCGACGGCUUGCGCGGCGGGGUCGAGCUGCUCGGUGCUGAAUGAUUGGUAUGCGCAGUGCGUGUAA